AUGUACAGAUGCACGGUCUGCAAUGCAAACAAAGUCGAAGCAGCAGUCGUCCCACCUCCAGGCGGCCUACAGCAGCUAUUCAAUCUGAUUUUUGCCAUCAUCUCACAUCGCCUUCUGGGCUUGGGACGGGGAGUAGAGCAGGUGCCUGUGAAAUGCGCGUCCCUGCUUCUGGUAUCAAUCGGCUUGGCAUUGUCCACCACAUUCAGCCCUGCCAACGAGCAACAUCAUGCGGCUGACAAUGAAAGCAAAGAGAAAUUCUUGAAUUUCAUGGCAGGCCACCGGCUUUCCAGGAGCACAAUUCUCUCACAAGACAUGCUCUUUGCUGUAAAGGGUGUUCUGGAUGACAGCGAGCGCACGGCAUGCAAGAAAAUUUGCGACCACAUUGCAAGGCGCAUGUGCUAUGAGCCUGGAGUGCUGGAUGCCUUUCACUGGUCGGAGGUGCCGUGUGGCCUGUUGGGUAGAAGUGUCACUGGUUGGCGUGACACAAUCACGUCCGUUCCACCUCCGUUCUUGGGAACUCUGAUCUGGUUAUUCACUUGGCGAGGUGGCUUCGUACGCGGAGCUCCAGGGCUUCAUCCGCCGUUGGCCAGGCAUGUGGGGAAGUACCAUGCAUCCCACGCGUGGUUCUCACAGAUGUUGACCAGGGCUGUAGGCCUUUGCGGUGCAGACCGGAACGUGCAAUUUGCUGCCGUCUUCCGGGAGGCGUACGGAGACCGCGACGCUUUGGUGGCAAAGACUCGAGCAAAAGCUUACGGUGGCGUGGGACCUUUGCACAUGUUUACAGAAGCCGAUUUCCACGGUGCAGUGGUGCUUGAGCCUGUUAUCGAGCAUGUUCUGAAGUACGAGCCCGAGGCCAACGUCAUGAUUGAGUUGAAAUCUCCGCCUCAGUGUCCGGAAUUCGAAAAGUCGGCGGUGGCUUUUGACGCGGAGGCUGCACUUUCAUCCCGGGCACUGUGCGCUGCGGCUGCUCUGGCCCCUCGUGGUGACGGCCCGUCAGCCUCCUGCUUGCUCGCGAAAGAGCUGAUGGUCCGCCAUCCCACUGCACCGGAUAUCCAGACUGCCGGCUGCAAAGUGCCAGGGAUCCAAGAUGCUCGAGAGGUGAGCCGCGACCGCCUUGCGACCUUCGUGCAUUUGGCCCAAGCACGUCUUACCGCGAUGCCUGUGGAGCUCGCGCCGGUGAUGGUGGGGACAGAGGCCGCAUCCGGCGUGCAUGAAGGCCGUGAAAGCAUAGAUCCUGACGAGGAGGCUCAGGUUGAGAAGCAGCUUCUGGCGAAGGCAAGACAAGUCCCAUUGCAGCCCGACUACUUCACUGGUGGACCCGACGCACCAGCAAAAAUCGGAAGAAUUCGCUUGCUCCGGUGUUUCGGCCGAACAGCGUACAUUGGGCCACAUUGGCCUUGUUCCAUUAUUAUGCUGGCAGUCAUUUUGGGCAUCGGCAGCUCCUUUGUCAUGUACCAUACAGCAAGAGCCAGCUUGCUACACUCUAGUCUCGGCGUUCUGGCAACCGUUAGCUCCGCAAUCUCAUUUUUAUGCUGUGCUGUUUCGAGCCCUGGUAUUCUGCAGCCGCGGCCCGGGAGCAAGGGAGGUCCAGGAGAGCCAGAGCAGUACUUCGCUUCAAACGGGAAGAGGCACUGCACAGCGUGUAACAUCAAGCAGCCAGUCGGUACUCUUCACUGUGAUUACUGCCAUGUUUGUAUUGUCGGCUGGGACCAUCACUGUCCAUGGAUGAACAAGUGUAUCGGAGAAAGCAACCUCUUCUUCUUCAACUCCUUUCUUGGCAUCAGCAUGACCUCUUUAGGAUACAUCGUCCUCGCUACGAUGUUGAUUUCCUAG